AUGAAACUAGCGUGUCGAUUUUACAAAAAUCGUCUUCCCGAUGUGGAAGAACUGGUGAUGGUGAACGUAGCUAAAGUUGAAGAGUUAAGUGUUUAUGUGAAUCUCCUUGAAUACAAUGACAUACAAGGUAUGAUACUCUUAUCGGAGUUGUCACGUCGUCGAAUACGUUCGAUAAAUAAAUUGGUUCGCGUCGGUAAAGAUGAAGUUGUUGUUGUCACUCGUGUCGACCGCGAAAAAGGUUUUAUUGAUUUAUCGAAAUGCCGUGUGUCAUCGGACGAAGCAGUGAAAUGCGUGGAAAAGUUUCAUCGUGGCAAAGCCGUAAAUCAUAUUCUCCGCCUUACGGCUGCGGCGUUAAAAUUGACAAGCAAUGAUGAGUUCGAAGAAUUGUAUAGCAAAACCGCUUGGUUUUACGAUGAAAGACAUGGAAGAAGAGGUAUUGCCUAUGAUGUUUUCUCUCAUGCUAGCAGAGAUGAAAGUGAGCUAAAAGAUUGCCCAGUUGAUGCGGAUACCAAGAAGGCUCUAGUCGAUAGCAUUCGUCGUCAUUUUUCUGCUCAAUCAGUCAAAUGUCGAGCAGAUAUCGAAGUGGCUUGUUAUGAAUAUGAAGGUAUCGACGCAGUGAAAGCAGCAUUACGCGAGGGUUUAAACCAAUCCACGGAAGAUAUACCGAUCAAGAUCAAUCUGAUUGCUCCACCACUUUAUACUAUUACAACGACGUGUCUUAAUGGCAAAGAAGGUGUCCAAGCAUUGCAAACAACGAUUCAUAAGAUAAAAGAAAGCAUCGAAAAGUAUCGAGGAGUAUGCAGAGUCAAAAUAGAACCACAAGUCUUCACUGAAGCUCAUGAAAAAGCUCUCGAAGAAACAAGAGCAGCAGAAGAAAAAUCCAACCGAAAAUCUUAUCAUGAAGAUUCCGAUACCUCGACAGAUGUUGAAAGCGAAAAUGAAUUAUCGGACGAAGAUGAUAACACAGCAACAAAUGGGUUGGUGAUAGACAAUGGUGUAGAAGAGGAAUAG